AUGCCCCUAACAUCUAUACAUACAAUAGAAUCAAUUCUUUCACAAAUAAACAAAGAUGUACAAGAAUUAGAUAUUCCAAGUAUAUAUCAACUUUCCACAACAACAACAACAGCCAAUACCAUUCCUAAAACAUCACCAUAUAUCACACGAUUCAAAUUACUCCAAAUCAAAAACUCAUUAACUAAUUUAAAUGACCAAUUUCAUGCAAAUUUCACCAGCAGUAAUAAUAAACAUUAUCAUAAUGUAAAACAAACACUAGAUAAACUAUACAUUAAUGAAAUUGAUGAAAAAUUAUAUAUUGUUGAUAAAUUAAUCACUCAAUAUGAUGAUGCCAAUUCACCAACCACAUUAAAUGGUGAUGAUCAACAACAGCAAAAUCAACAAGGAGAACAAAAUCUACAACGUGGUAAUAGUGGAGUUAUUACUAAUGAUGAAGAAUUAUCAUCUUUACGUCAACGUUUAUUAUCAUCAUCUAAAUUACAUCAAAUUAAUCAAGACAACACGAGCGAAAGUGAUUCUACCAAAUUGAAUGAAUAUCAUGAAUCAAUUCAAGAUGAUAUAGUUAAUGAAUUGAGUGAAUUAACAUCGACAUUAAAAUCUAAAGCUAUUGAAUUUAGUAACAAAUUAUUGAAUCAAGAUUCUGAUAUAUUACAACAAACUCAUGAUAAUUUAUCAAUUAAUCGAACAAUGUUUGAUACUUUAAAUAAAAAUUUAAAUGAUUAUUUACUUAAUAAAACUGGUUGGAGUAUAAGUAUUUGGACAUUAUUGAAAUUUGCCGUGGCUUUGAUUGUUAUAUUUGUUGUUAUGUUGUUAUUUAUAAUUAUUGUUCCUAGAAUUCGAUAA